GCAUACGGGUUUAUAUCUGGUGUCAUGUGACCCACACUCAGCCAUCUUGUGGAAAACGAAGUGAGAGAGAGAGAGAGCCACACAACUCGCAGACAAACCCUGUGCUGUCAGAACAAGCAGAGAACUUCAAGGAAGAAUGGCCGAAACCCAGACACUUAACUUUGGACCAGAAUGGCUCCGUGCCCUGUCUGGAGGUGGUGGCAGCGGUGGUGGUGGAAGCAGCAAUGCUGUUGCCUCUCCACCCCUCUCACCUGCGUUGCCAAAGUAUAAACUUGCAGACUAUCGCUACGGGAGAGAAGAAAUGUUAGCACUUUAUGUAAAGGAUAACAAGAUCCCUAUAGACCUACACGAUAAGGAGUUUCUGCCCAUAUUGCAAGAGGAGCCCUUGCCACCUCUGGCACUCGUGUCUUUUACAGAGGAGGAACAGAGAAAUUUUUCCAUGUCUGUAAACAGUGCAGCUGUACUUAGACUGACAGGGCGAGGAGGCGGACCGAUAGUAGGGGCACCGCGAGGCCGAAGUACCUCAAGGGGUAGAGGCCGGGGAAGAGGAGAUGGAGGGUUUUACCAAAGAAGUUUUGAUGACGUGGAAGGCUUUGGUCGUGGUGGGAGGGAGAUGCAUCGCUCCCAAAGCUGGGAAGAAAGGGGAGACAGAAGGUUUGAAAAGCCAGGCCGAAAAGACCCAGCAGAUGCUGUUCCAGGACACUUUCAGAUCAAUCACAUCCGAAGCAACUAUGAGGACGGUGUAACGGGACUACCGAGGAAGCACGACUUCACGCGCUCGGAGAGUGAGAACUGGCGUACUUCUCGUGAUGAUCAGAAUGGUGAGGAUGAUGAGGGGGGUUGGCGCCUGGCAGGUUCUCGACGGGACAGUGACCGGUGGUGCCCGCCGAGCCCAGAUGGACCUCGGUCAGCAGGGUGGCGGGAACUCCCAGACCAACGCCGUCGUUUCCCAUUCGAUGCGAGAGAAGACGAGCGCGGCUACAGGAGGCCGCGGUCAGGCAGCGGCAGCCUGGAGGACGAGAGGGACAGCCUGCCAGAGUGGUGUCUGGAGGACGCGGACGAGGAGGCAGGCACCUUCGACUCGUCAGGAGCCUUCCUCUCACUCAAGAAAGCCUCCAAGGAACCAAUCCUGGAAGAGGCGGAGCUUGACUUCAAACCCUUGGAAGAGUGUGACGAGGGCCUGGAGGAGGAGGACAGUCACACCAGGGAGACCAAAGAGACAGAAAAAGAGGCCAAAAGAGAAGCUGACCGAAAAGAGGCUGGUAACUCUACUGAACUUAACCUCCAAACCAGAGGUCAUUCAUUCCAGUUUUAUCAUGAGCUGGCCAGAGUAUCAGAGGAGGCUUCACCUGUUGCUCCAGCAGCUUCAGACAGCCAGGCUCCUGCCCAGUCUUUAUCCCCGGCCCAUCCCUGCAGAACGGAACAGACUGACAAGCCAAGUGAACAGCAGCCACCUCUGGAGCUCCCCCCAGAGCCCUGCAAAGUCCCCCUGCACGUCUCCAUGUCCAAUAGCAUGCUGGAGUCCCAUCCCAUGACCCACAUUUCCACCACCCUUGCAGUAUCGGCCCCGUCACCCACCGUCCAGCUUCUACAGCAAAAGCCCAUAGAUGUUCCUGUGGCGAUGAACAAUCCUUUACCCUUCCCCUCAAGUAUAAUGGCACCUAUUGGCAGGCCCACCACUGUGCCCCAAGACACUGAUGAAGACGAGGGACUAAAACACUUUGAGCAGGAGGCAGAGAAAAUGGUAGCAUAUCUACAGGACAGUGAUGACAGACUCUCAGCGAAGACUUCAGAGAAGCCCAAGCCUGCAGGUCUGCCACUCACUCAUGAAGCUGCUCUCAAAUGGUUUUACAAAGAUCCCCAGGGGGAGAUACAGGGUCCAUUCAGUAACCAGGAGAUGGCCGAGUGGUUUCAGGCUGGUUACUUCACAAUGUCUCUGUUAGUCAAAAGAGGGUGUGAUGAAGUAUUUCAGCCUCUGGGAGAGAUUAUGAAGAUUUGGGCCAGAGUACCAUUCACUCCAGGCCCUGCACCUCCUCCGCUACAGCAGGGGGAUGGUGAUCAAGAGAGGUUGAAGAGGCAGCAGGAGCUCACUGCUCUCAACCUUUACCAGUUACAGCAGCUCCAAUAUCAAUACCUCCUCAGGCAGCAGUAUGCCCAGGCCCUGGCCCAGCAGAAAGCUGCAGCUCUGAGCUCAGCUCCUCUUCAGCAGCAGCAGCAGCACCAACAGCAGAUCAACCUGCUUCUACAGCAAUACCAGGCUCUCAAGCUAAGAGCAUCUGAGAGCCUCCUACCUCCUGUUACCCGAUCCUUGUCUGUACAAGACUCUGGUUCUGUGUGGGAAAUGCAGAACCCAUCCUCUCAGGCUUCCUGUACACCAAACCUCCAACCAGCUGCCCAAAGCACAUGGGACGGCAGCAGCGUAUGGGAUUUACCGAUAGACUCCGUGGCGCAGGCUCCAACUAUCGAACAAAUGCAACAAAUGGAGAAAGCAAAGUCUGCAAAGCUGGAGCUGGAAAGGCGUGAGGCAGAAAUGAGAGCCAAAAGGGAAGAAGAGGAGAGGAAACGGUUAGAGGAGGCCCUGAGGGCUCGACAGGAGGAGGAACGGAAACGCUUGGAAGAGGAAGAACUAGCACGGCAAAAACAGGAGGAGGCUCUGAGACGACAAAGGGAACAAGAAGAGGCACAGCGCAGGCAAAAAGAAGAAGAGGAGAGACUUGCUCAGGAGGAAGCUCUCAGAAGAUUAGAGGAGAGGCGGAGGGAAGAGGAAGAGAGAAAGAAGCGGGAAGAAUUUCUUCGCAAACAAGAAGAGGAGCGCAGAAAGCAGGAGGAACUUGAGGCAUUGAGGAGGCGGGAAGAGGAGAAGCGAGCAGAGGAAGAGGCAGCAGCUGCAGCAGCGGCCGCUGCUCUGGCCCAACAACAAGAGGAGCAGAAAAGGAGAGAGCAGGAGGCCCAAAGACAGCAGGAGCUGCAGAGACAGCGGCAGCAGCAACAAGAAGCCCUCAGGAGACUGCAGCAACAACAGCAGCAGCAGCAGCAGCUUGCACAAAUGAAGCUUCCAUCCUCAUCAAAGUGGGGACAGCAGUCAGCCACCACUAUAAGCCAGACUCAGAACGCCCUGUCAUUGGCGGAGAUCCAGAAACUGGAAGAGGAAAGAGAACGACAGGCACGGGAGGAGCAGCGACGUCAGCAGCAAGAGCUACUGAAGCUACAGCAACAGCAGGCUCUGCAACAGACUCAGCAGUCCCACGCCAAGCUGUCUGGUUGGGGCAAUGUGGCCAAACAACCAGCUAUUACCAAGUCUUUACUGGAGAUUCAGAGGGAGGAAGCCCAGCAGAUGAAACAACGGAAGGAGCAGCAGCCGCAGCAGCAGCAGCAGCAGCAGCAGCAGCCGCCGCAACAACAACAACAGCAUCAGCAUCCCAUCGUCCCCCAGCAGACACGCACUCAAAAUAGAGCUGCGUCUCUGAGUAGCUCGGUGUGGGGGUCUGUUAACACCAGCACCAGCACUAACUGGGGCUCAGACUCCAGUAGUAUCUGGGGUGACACCCACAACUCGAACAUGGGCUUCUGGGAUGAGGCUGUGAAGGAGCCUGUCCAGCAGCCUCCCCCAACCAGAAAAGGCAACACGCAGAAGAACAACAAGGGCAACGCCAACCUCAGUAACUCUGUGAGUGGGCGAGCCAAUAAGAAGGUGGAAGAAGAGGAGAAGCUGCUAAAGUUGUUCCAAGGGGUCAAUAAGAGCCAGCAGGACACCUUCAUGCAGUGGUGUGAGCAAACCCUGCACACGCUGAACACAGCCAACAAUCUGGAUGUUCCUACGUUUGCAUCCUUCUUGAAAGAAGUGGACUCGCCGUACGAGGUACAUGACUAUGUCAGGGCCUACCUGGGGGACACUCCCGAGGCCAAGGACUUUGCCAAGCAGUUUCUGGAACGACGUGCCAAACAGAACGCUAAUCAACAGAAACAGGCACCGCAGAACCAACAGCAAGCCCUCAAGCAGCAGCAGCAGCAGCAGCAGCAGCAGCAGGAUUCUGUAUGGGGUGGAACAGGAUCUUCGUCGCUCUACCAGUCGAACCAUACGAGCGGCCAGCAGCAGCGCUUUGAGACAGUCACCUCAGGGAAGAAGAAAAAGAAGCAGAAGAUGGUCCGGGCAGACCCCAGCCUUCUAGGUUUUUCUGUGAAUGCGUCAUCAGAGAGACUCAAUAUGGGAGAGAUUGAGACGUUGGAGGACUUCUAAGGGACUGCGGCAAAGCAAACCCCACUGACUGUAUCCAGUUUGAACAGCAGCUGUUUACCCAAACCCAUAUCCCCCCCCCCUCCCCGACUGCUUCCACCACUUUCAUCUUUAUUUCCCAUUUUUAUCAGGCGCGCUCUGGUCAUUUCUCAUAAAUUCCAAAUUUCAAACGAACCCUCACCUCUGAAGCAGGGCGUGUUGGUUUUUUGUUUUCCUGUUGCAAAACGGACCUAUAAUGUGACAAAACCCUCAAAGAGAAAUCAGCUGGAGCAAACUGGUGAGUGAAACAUCCAACCAGCCAAGCGAACUCAAGUGUCUGGAGAAAGUCUAGAGACACCUGAAGCCUGAUCCAAAAUCAAACCAUGUUUAAACCUCAAGGCGACAACAGGUUUCAAAUUUGGCCAUCAUUGUUUGACUUUUUUUUUUUUUUUUUUUUGUAAAGUGUGGAUAUAUGGGUGGGGUAGCUUGGGAAUGGUUUGAGAGAUUAUAUCCAUUAUUUUUGUUUUAUUUAUUGAAAGUUUU